AUGCUGAACAAGCUGCACGGUCAGCCCGACAGCUACGACAGAAAAUCUCGAUACCGCUUUGGAAAGACACUGGGCGCCGGCACAUAUGGCAUUGUCAGGGAGGCCGACUGCCCCGAGGGCAAGGUCGCGGUCAAGAUCAUCCUGAAGAAGAACGUGCGCGGCAACGAGCAGAUGGUCUACGACGAGCUGGAGAUGCUUCAGCGCAUGCACCACCCGCACAUUGUCAAGUUCCAUGACUGGUUUGAGUCGAGGGACAAAUACUACAUCGUAACUCAGUUGGCGACUGGCGGCGAGCUGUUCGACCGAAUCUGCGAGAAGGGAAAGUUCACGGAGAAGGACGCGGCCGAGACCAUCCGACAAGUGCUCGAUGCCGUCAACUAUCUCCACCACAACAACGUGGUGCACAGAGAUCUCAAGCCGGAGAAUCUCUUGUAUCUUUCGCCCGACCCCAACUCCUCCCUGGUACUUGCCGACUUCGGUAUCGCCAAGAUGCUCGACUCUAAGAACGAGGUCCUCACCACCAUGGCUGGCUCAUUUGGUUACGCCGCCCCCGAAGUCAUGCUCAAGAAGGGGCACGGAAAGCCCGUUGAUAUGUGGUCCAUGGGUGUCAUCACCUACACGCUCCUAUGCGGAUACUCCCCUUUCCGAUCAGAGAACUUGGCCGAUUUGAUCGAGGAAUGCAAGAACGGCCGCGUUAUCUUCCACGAGCGGUAUUGGAAGGACGUCAGCAAGGAUGCGAAGGAGUUCAUCACGCUGCUUCUACAACCAAAUCCCGACAAGCGACCCAAUAGCGAGGACGCUUUGAAGCACAUCUGGGUCAGCGGCAAGACUGCCUCGGACCACAACCUACUGCCCGAGAUCCGCGCAUACGUUGCCAAGGCCCGACUCAGGCGCGGCAUCGAGCUCGUCAAGCUUGCCAACCGCAUCGAAGCGCUGAAGAUGCAAGAGGACGAAGAAGACGACGUUCCUGGAGAAGCAGACAUGCCUGCCAACGCGCGCGAGGCAGCGGGUGAGGCGUUAGCGGCACACAGCACCGAGAAGGGUCUGACGACAACAGAGAGUGCGGGUGAUUCUGCGAGCACCCUGGGCAAGUCGCCCGGGCGCUUGAGCAGGAUCGCCAAAUCGGCCAUCUUCAGAGAAGUGGUGCUAGCCAAGGUGCGAGAGAUGAAGGAGGCAGAGGCCCAGAAGGAGUUCGAGAAGAAGGCGAACGAGGCGGCCAAGAAGGGCUGA